CUCCUUCCUCCUCCUCCUCCUCCUCCCCCCUUAGGGAGGAUGGUCCUGCUCCUCCGAGCCCCAGUGACCGCCCUUGAGCUGCUGAUCCCAACCAACACCCCUCUCCUUUCCCCCCCUCUUUUCCCCUCCCUUUUCUUUUCGUUCUUGCUCCACGCCCGUUGUCACAGGGGAUGAUCCAGGGUUCUCCCCUCUGCCUGGAGAGCAUAAAUACCACUGGGGAGCUCUGUGAGACUGCACUUGGUCCGAGUUGCUGAGCCCAGACUUUGCACAUCUCGCACCUCCUGAGGCUUAUUCCAUCCUUUUCCCCUCCUCCUCGUUUAGAUAUUUCAGACACAUUAUUUUGCUUUCCACAGGCAGGCUUGGAGGAGCUGCAAUUACCUGGAGACUUGGAAGUACUCAGCAAGGACCUGCACUGAACCACGGGAGUCCCUGCACCAAAACCAACCAUCAUCAUCAUCAUCUGUGUUCUGCUGGCAGCAUGAGCCCUGCCCUGCCUUGGAUCAUUCCUCUUGGAUGUGUGCUGCUGCUGGCAAAGACAGCUGAGUGCUUUAUCUUGCCCAACUCAAGCCACCUGGAGAGCAUCCUGAGCAAAUACCAGGAUGGGGAAGCUCACUCCAGGUCCAAGAGAGCCAUUUUAUUCUCAGACAGACAGGAGAUACUGAUGCUCCACAAUAAAUUGAGAGGUCAGGUGUAUCCAGUGGCCUCUAACAUGGAAUACAUGAGCUGGGAUGAGGAGCUGGAGAGGACAGCACACGCUUGGGCUCAGCAGUGCAUCUGGGACCACGGGCCCAGCGACCUCAUCAGGUCCAUUGGGCAGAACCUGGCUGUUCACUGGGGCAGGUACCGAUCUCCAGCGUUCCACGUCCAGUCCUGGUACGAUGAAGUGAAAGAUUACACAUUCCCAUAUCCUCAUGAGUGCAACCCAUGGUGCCCAGACAGGUGUACAGGUGCCAUGUGCACACAUUACACUCAGAUAGUCUGGGCCACGACCAACAGGAUUGGCUGUGCUGUGAAUGUCUGCAAGCAGAUGAAUGUUUGGGGAGAGAUCUGGGAGAACGCUGUCUACCUGGUCUGCAACUACUCCCCCAAGGGUAACUGGAUCGGGGAAGCUCCGUACAAGACCGGCCGUCCCUGCUCCGAGUGCCCGCCCAGCUACGGGGGGAGCUGCCACAACAACCUCUGCCACAAAGCUCACCGGUAUGAAGAUCCCAUCAUUGCUGAGACAGACGAGACCAACGAGGUGGAGAUCCCUCAGGUGGCAGAGCAGAAACCAGUGCAGUUCCACCUUCCAGAGAACAAACCCAGCAGAACCACCAAGCCCAAGAAAACCAGCCCAGAAUCCUACAUGACACAAGUCAUUACCUGUGAAACCAAGAUGAGAGACAAGUGCAGAGGCUCAACGUGCAACAGGUAUUUGUGCCCAGCUGGCUGCCUGUACAGUAAGGGAAAGAUCUUUGGAACAUUUUAUUACGAAAGUUCCUCCAGCAUUUGCCGUGCUGCAAUUCAUUAUGGAAUCCUGGACAACAAAGGAGGGCUGGUGGAUAUCACGAGGAAAGGGAGGACACCUGCUUUUGUGAAGUCCACCAGGAACGGUGUGGAGUCAUUCAGGAAAAGUAAACCUUCAAAUGCAUUCAUGGUUUCCAAAGUCACAACACAGACUCUGGAUUGUUACACCACGGUAGCUGAACUGUGCCACUUCAAAAAGCCAGCGAGCCACUGCCCAAGGAUUUAUUGCCCAGCCCACUGCAAGGACGAGCCCUCGUACUGGGCGCCGGUGUUUGGCACCAACGUUUACGCAGAUAGCUCCAGUAUCUGCAAAGCUGCAGUGCAUGCAGGGGUCAUUUCAGAUGAGAGGGGAGGCUUUGUGGACGUGAUGCCUGUAGAGAAGAAGAAAAUCUACGUUGGCUCCCUAAAGAACGGUGUCCAGUCAGACAGCUUGAAGAACCCUUCAGACGGGAAUGCUUUCCGGAUCUUUGCUGUGAAGCAGUAAAGCCCCAGGGAAGGUGCAGGUUUCUUUGGGAGAGCUCUCUGCGGAUCUCCGGAGACGCCAAAGCUCCUCUGAACGGCAUCAGCUCUGCCCGUACCCUCCUUGCCCACCUCCUUCAGGGAAUUCCAAAAGAAAAGGGGAAAAAAAAAACCAACCAAAACCCCCAACAAAAGACCCCAGGUUCUGACUCAGCUGUUGGCAUCUCAUGGCACCCGUGCAGCGUUGUAUCUUCUCGUCUCGCGUUUUUGUUUCUCCAGGGGCAUUCAGCGACCAUGAACUGUUCCAAGUUUCAUUUUACCAGAGGUGUUGCUACACAGAACGGCCGUGGCUCCAUGUGCAGCAGAUUCAGGGAUCUCAGCCCGGGCCUGGGUGGUGUUUUUAGGGUGUGAAGCUUCUCCUGGGAUGGGAGUGAGGAUGAGCAGACUCGGGAGUGAGCGGCUGUCCAGGCGCUGGGCACUUUGGAAUGAGAAACUCGUUGGAAAAUCGUGUCCUUUGGGGAGAGGAUGGGCUUUGGCAGAGUGCUUUUGUGUAUGUUGGAUGGUUUCUGUGCAAAAGAGGAUCAAAAGUGGUGUUUUCCCACUGAGGUGGUUUGCAGCAGCACUGCUGUGUGAGGCUGCUGGGUACCUCGAAUAGUGGGGUUUGGGGAUGUUCUUGGCAG